AUGUUCUCGUCAGCUUUGAAGUCGUUCUCAUCGAACAUAUCUAAUAACUACCAGUACUCGCCCAAUCCCUCGUUUAUUUCUGGUCCUUGGAAGGUCCAUGAUGGCAAGAACAAGAACUCUGGAAAAGCUGUCUCCAUAUUCAUAUUUGACCGGAAAUCCCUGGAUCCUCGGGCUGGAGGGUUGGUUUCGCGGUCAAACGCUACCUCGCUAAAGAAGGUCCAUGAAGAAGUCGUCGAGAGGCUGAAGCGGGAGGCUGCAAACCUUGCCCGCCUGAGACAUCCGUCCAUUCUUCAGAUCAUUGAACCGGUGGAAGAUACGAGAAAUGGCGGCUUGAUAUUUGCCACAGAAGCGGUCACAGCAUCGCUAUCUGGCCUUCUACAGGAGAAAACGGACCAGGAACUCUCUAGUCGUGUCGGAGGGAGAGUCAGUCGUCACAUGAUUGAAGAGGCUGACGGAUCAAGAAGGAGGCGGGAUUUCGAGAUUGACGAACUUGAGAUUCAGAAGGGACUUCUUCAGAUUGGCAAGGGUCUAGAGUUUCUGCAUGAGUCUGCCAAAAUCGUGCACGGAAACCUCACCCCCGACGCCAUUUACAUAAACGCAAAGUCAGAUUGGAAGAUAUCUGGCCUAUCCUUUGCCGGGCCUACAAAUCCCGAUUCACAAUCGCCACUACCGUCCCUUGCAUUAUCGGAAGCCUUGUAUUAUGACCCCCGGCUGCCCAGGUCUGUACAGCUUGAUUUGGACUAUACCUCUCCUGACUUUGUUAUGGACUCCAAUGUCUCUUCGUCGGCGGACCUGUUCUCUCUUGGACUUAUAAUAGUGGCCCUCUUCAACUCCCCCCAUAUCUCUCCCUUGAAAACUAAUAACUGUACGAACACAUAUAAAAAACUACUUAGCUCCUCUUCUACUAUCCCUUCCCAAUCAAAUUCCUUUCUCUCUUCGGGACCAAUACCAAAGGAUCUCUCAAACCAUGUCCUGCCAAAGCUUAUCACCAGACGACCAGCCCAAAGGAUGAAUGCCAGUGAAUUCCAGCAAUCUCAAUACUUUGAUAAUGUUCUGGUUUCCACCAUCCGUUUCUUGGACACUUUCCCGGCCAAAACACAAAAUGAAAAGUCACAGUUUAUGAGGGGACUAUCAAGAAUUUUGCCGGAGUUUCCAACUUCGGUACUAGAGCGCAAGGUUCUGGGAGCGUUGCUUGAGGAAAGCAAAGAUAGAGAAUUACUGCCGCUUAUUCUUCAAAAUGUCUUCAAGAUCCUUCUACGGGUCCCGUCAAGCCAAAGACUAGUUCCGGAUAAAGUUCUUCCCCGUCUGAAAGAAAUAUUUCUCCCACCUAGUGGUAAGGGUGCCGUUCAAGAAAGAGAUACAAGCAAAGAUGCCGGGCUUAUGGUUCUCUUGGAGAACACGCAAGUCCUUGUUGACAACUGCUCUGGCAAAGUCUUCAAAGAUGCAUCGGUAUUUGCCAAAACUAGCAGCCUUGCAAUCAAAGUCCGGGGUUUGGAGGCAUUUUGUGUUCUCUGUGGUGGUUCAUCAAAGCCCAGCAACCAGUCGACGGACGACGACCUUUCAGGAAUUAUCACAGACACCCAGACAGCAGCCAAGUCAAGCUCCAACUCUAUUCUUGACAAAUAUACCAUUCAGGAGAAGCUUAUUCCAUUGCUAAAGGCAAUCAAGACUAAGGAACCAGCAGUAAUGAUUGCUGCCCUGAAUGUCUUCAAGCAGAUAGGGCACAUAGUCGAUAUAGAAUUCGCAGCACUCGAAGUCCUUCCAAUUCUCUGGAGUUUUGCACUAGGUCCGCUUCUCAAUGUCCAGCAAUUUUCCUCUUUCAUGGAGUUUAUAAAAUCGCUGUCGUCAAAGAUUGAGCGAGAACAGACUAAGAAGCUGCAACAACUAUCGUCUGGUAGUGAUGCAGGAGGGUUUUCCAAGAAUUCAUCACUCCAAACCGGGAGGAUGUCCCCUUUGCAUAACGGGGGAGAAGCCGGCAGCGACAAAUCCGACUUCGAGCGUCUUGUGUUAGGUAAAAACAAGGCAUCAUCUCCCUCCAUAGACGCUUGGGGUGAUUGGGGUGACUCGUCUACCUCGAUGGCCCAAACUCCUACAAAGACAGAAACUGUGCCUCAAUUCUCAUGGUCUAGUGGCAGUACUGCUGCUGCUGCUACCGCACGACAAGGCAACGGCGGGAUAGCCAAACCGAACGCAAACAUGCGAUCAAUCACACCCGACACGACUAUUAACUCGUUCCCGACGCUGCAGCCAGGUCAUAAGAGCAACACUUCAUCGCUGUCUUCGAUGGCCACCCUCCAGCCUCUCUCCCCCAAAGCUCCUCCGGGCAACGUGAUGAUGAUGGGAAGCAAUAACUUCGGUGCGCAGCAGGGUGCUAGCCAGUUGAAUCCUUCCGGCACCAACUCCUUUAACAUUCCUACCAUUGGUGGCAGGCCGGUUAACAGUGGCAGCUUAUCAUGGCAGACCCAAGGUCAGAUGAAUGCCACGGCGCCCUUAUCUCCGUAUACCAUCGCUCCGCCUCCUCAGAGCAACAACCAAUUCCAACGGAGUCAUUCGGCCAUCUCGGCCAACACCACGUCUGCCUUUUCUAGUCUAAACUCACCUCCGGCUGUCACCUCCAACCAGCAGCAAAAGCAGGGACUGGAUAAGUAUGAUAGUUUGCUCUAG